AUGACAGCCAACACAAGAACAUUGGUAAAUGCCGCUUCAGGAGGCUCAUUGAAAACAAAAACUCCUGAGGAAGCACUCGAAUUGUUGGAAUCACUAGCAUCUCAAGAAUUUGACAAUGCUCCUGCUCCAGUUGCACCAAGAAGAUCAGGGAUCAUGAAGCUUGAAGAUGCCUUCAGAGAUGAAACAAGAGCUUCCUUCCGGAAUCAAGAAGCUUCAAUCCAGAACUUAGAGACUCAAAUUGGUCAGCUGUCAAGGCAGUUCACUAAAAGAACCCAGGGCACUUUUCCAAGCAACACCGACACGAACCCAAAGGCACAAUGUAAUGCAAUUGUCACAAGAAGUGGGAUCGUGAUUCAGCCUGUGGAAAAACCACAAGUUGAAAAGAAGAAAGAAGCUAAACCUGAAGCCGAACCUGAAGCUGAGAAAGAGAAAGAAGAAGAUGAAGUAGAAGCAGAGAAGAGCAUUCCAGAGAGGAAGCUGUUCAAAUGGGAGAAAAAGAAAGCUUUGGAUAGACAACCAAAAGCAGCAGAUCCGUCUCCUUAUGCAAAAGUUCCAUACCCUCAGCGGUUGAAACAAGAAGUCCAAAAACAACAAUACACCAAAUUUCUGGACAUCUUCAAGAAGCUGCAAGUCAACAUACCUUUCGCAGAAGCCCUAGAAAGCAUGUCAAACUAUGUGAAGUUCAUGAAAGACCUUCUAUCAAAGAAACGCAAGUUGAAGGAAUGCGAAACAGUGGCCUUGACAGAGGAGUACAGUGCAAUCAUCCAGAAGAAACUUCCUCCCAAGCUGAAGGAUCCGAGCAGCUUCAGUAUUCCUAUUGAAAUAGGAAACAUUGAAGUUGGAAAAGUAUUAUGUGAUCUGGGAACAAGUAUCAACUUGAUACCACUGUCCAUGUGCAGAGCUCUUGGAAUCAAAGAGCUCAAGCCGACUACAGUUUCUCUCCAGUUAGCUGACAGAUCGAUCAGACGACCAGAUGGGGUAAUUGAGGAUGUUUUAGUUAAAAUUGACAAAUUUAUCUUCCCUGCAGAUUUUGUAGUUCAGAAUAUGGAAGAAGACAUCGAAAUUCGCCUAUUACUUGGAAGGCCAUUCUUAGCCACCGCAAGGACAAUGAUUGAUGUGGAGCAAGGAAAACUGAUAUUGAGGGUGAACGAAGAAACAGUCACCAUUGACGUCUUCGAAUCAAUGAAACAUCCAACAGACGGAGAAGACUGUUUUAUGAUAGACAUAAUACAAGAAGCAAUUGAUGAUGCUAUGAAAGAGGAGAGUUCCCCGCUUGAGUUAGAACAAACCAACGAAGAAGUUGAAAUAAAUAAUAAAGAACCAGUGGUAGAAGAACUUGAAAGAAAGAAAUAUGACAUCCCUCUUGGAGCACCAAAGGUUGAGCUUAAGGAGUUACCCCCAAAUUUAAAAUAUGCCUUCCUGGGUAACAACAACACAUAUCCAGUCAUCAUCAAUGUUGAGAUAACAACCGCUGAAGAAGAGAAGCUUCUCAAGGUGCUGAAGAAACACAAAGUUGCCAUAGGAUGGUCCUUCUCCGACCUAAAAGGUAUAAAUCCUUCCUUUUGUACUCAUAAAAUUCUAAUGGAAGAUGAUAUUAAACCUGUGAGGUAG